CCAGCUCCGGGGCUGAAGCCGCCGCCGUGCCCCCACUGCUCUCUGUUUUAUUCUCAGUGUGUGCGGCUUCGCUGGGAGAGCGCUGCGAUGAUAAGAGCCGCAUAUGCGGUAUCCCACACACCUACCAGGCAGGAAUAUACCCGAGAAGCAGCCGCGUCCUGGUUCUGCCCGCACCGCAGCCUCACCCACGACUCCGAGCGGAACCUGAAGUGCCAGUAGUACCAUGUCCAGGUCAACGGGGGGUGGUGUCGCUGUCAACGAUGUCACCCGCUUUCUGUCAUCGGGGACGGCGCUGGCGCCAGGGUCUCCCACCUCCAACUCCAUGUUCUCUGCUGCCAGCCAGGCCGACUGGGCAGCCAAGAGGCUGGUGUGGGUGCCAUCAGAGAAGCAUGGGUUUGAGUCGGCCAGUAUUCGGGAGGAGCGCGGCGACGAGGUGGAGGUUGAGCUCACAGAUAGCCAGCGGAAGUUGACUCUGUCUAGGGAGGAGGUGCAGCGGAUGAACCCUCCUCGCUUUAGUAAAGUGGAGGACAUGGCCGACCUCACCUGCCUCAAUGAAGCCUCAGUGCUGCACAACCUCAGAGAGAGAUACUAUUCUGGUUUGAUCUAUACAUAUUCAGGAUUGUUCUGCGUGGUGGUGAACCCUUACAAGAACCUGCCCGUAUACACAGAAUCCAUCGUGGAGAUGUACCGCGGCAAAAAGCGCCACGAGAUGCCCCCGCACAUCUAUGCCAUAUCAGAGGCCGCCUAUCGUAGCAUGCUACAAGACAGAGAAGAUCAGUCGAUCCUCUGCACAGGCGAAUCCGGAGCUGGGAAAACAGAGAACACGAAGAAAGUCAUCCAGUAUUUGGCUCAUGUUGCCUCCUCCCACAAGGGUGGCACUCUUGGAAGGAAUAAGGAAGCAAUGCAGAUGGAUGGUUCUAGGUCCUUAACAAGAGGCAGUUCUAUGGUGAACAGGGGUGAGCUGGAGAGACAACUGCUGCAGGCCAACCCCAUACUGGAGGCCUUCGGCAAUGCGAAGACUGUCAAGAACGAUAACUCUUCUAGAUUUGGUAAAUUCAUCCGCAUUAACUUUGAUGUGGCGGGGUACAUUGUUGGUGCCAACAUUGAAACCUACCUCCUUGAAAAGUCUCGGGCCACUCGUCAGGCCAAAGAUGAACGGACAUUCCACAUCUUUUAUCAGAUGUUGUGUGGAGCUUCAACAGAAACCAGAGCGGACCUGCUCUUAGGAACUGCUGAUGAGUACCGCUUUCUCAGUGGAGGUUCCAUCCCAGUUCCAGGGCAGAGCGAUUCAGACAACUUCACUCAGACCAUGGACUCUAUGGCCAUAAUGGGCUUCACCCCAGAAGAGUCCAUAUCCAUGCUGAAGGUGAUCUCCUCUGUGCUCCAGUUUGGGAAUAUUAGCUUCAUGAAGGAGAAGAACCAUGACCAGGCCUCCAUGCCUGAUAACACAGCUGCUCAGAAACUGUGCCACCUGCUGGGCAUCAACGUGCUAGAGUUCACUCGUGCCAUCCUCACGCCUAGGAUCAAAGUUGGCCGAGAAUAUGUGCAGAAGGCCCAGACAAAAGAACAGGCUGACUUUGCUGUAGAGGCCCUGGCGAAGGCCUCGUAUGAGCGUCUGUUCAGAUGGCUGGUGCACAGGGUCAACAGAGCUCUGGACCGCAGACAGAGACAGGGAGCCUCCUUCAUAGGGAUCCUGGAUAUUGCUGGAUUUGAGAUCUUCCAGCUAAACUCCUUUGAGCAGCUGUGCAUUAACUUCACCAACGAGAAGCUGCAGCAGCUCUUCAACCACACCAUGUUCAUCCUGGAGCAGGAGGAGUACCAGCGGGAGGGCAUUGAGUGGAACUUCAUUGACUUUGGCCUAGACCUACAGCCCUGCAUUGACCUCAUCGAGAGACCGGCUCACCCACCCGGUGUUCUGGCCCUGCUGGAUGAAGAGUGUUGGUUCCCUCGGGCGACAGACCGUUCAUUUGUGGAGAAGCUGUCUACAGAGCAAGGCACCCACCCAAAGUUCUUCAAACCAAAGCAGCCACGUGUGGAAGCUGACUUCUCCAUCAUUCACUAUGCUGGAAAGGUGAACUAUAAGGCAGAUGAUUGGUUAGUGAAGAACAUGGAUCCUCUAAACGACAAUGUGGCAUCUCUACUCCACCAGUCUUCCGAUCAUUUUGUCUCAGAACUCUGGAAGGAGGAUAUCCAAACUCUUCCUCGUGUUUACUUCUUUGACUCCUAUGCCACACUACAGGCUAAUGGCUCCGACAUGGACAGGAUCAUAGGUCUGGACCAGGUGUCGUCAGGAGAGAGCAGCGGGCCGGUCACAUUCGGUGCUGCAGGACUGAAGACGAAGAAGGGAAUGUUUAGGACUGUAGGUCAGCUUUACAAGGAGUCUCUCACCAAGUUGAUGGCCACACUGCGGAACACCAACCCCAACUUCCUCCGCUGCAUCAUCCCCAACCACGAAAAGAAGUCUGGUAAGCUGUCUCCCCAUUUGGUUUUGGACCAGCUGAGGUGUAAUGGAGUUCUGGAGGGGAUCCGAAUCUGCAGACAAGGCUUCCCUAACCGCAUCCCAUUCCAGGAGUUUAGACAGAGAUAUGAGAUCCUGACUCCUAAUGCUAUCCCUCGCACCUUCAUGGAUGGUAAACAGGCAUCAGAACUCAUGAUCAGGGCUCUGGAGCUUGAUCACAACCUGUUCAGGGUGGGUCAGAGUAAAGUCUUCUUCAGAGCUGGAGUCCUGGGUCAUCUGGAAGAGGAAAGAGACCUGAAGAUCACUGACACCAUCAUACGCUUCCAGAGCGCUUCCAGAGGCUACCUAGCACGCAAAGCCUUUUUGAAGAAGCAGCAGCAGCUCAGCGCUAUGAGAGUGAUGCAGAGGAACUGUGCUGCUUACCUCAAACUCAGGAACUGGCAGUGGUGGAGGCUGUUCACUAAGGUGAAGCCCCUGCUGCAGGUAACCCGGCAGGAUGAGGAGAUCCAGGUAAGGGAAGCUGAGCUUCAGAAGGCAAAGGACAAGCUCACCCGAGUGGAGCUGGACUUUACCGAGCUGGACAAGAAACACCUUCAGCUGGUGGAGGAGAAGGCAGUGCUGGCUGAUCAGCUGCAGGCGGAAGCAGAGCUGUUUGCAGAGGCAGAGGAGAUGAGAGCCAGGCUUGCCAGUCGGAAACAGGAGCUGGAGGAGGUACUCGGUGAGCUUGAGAGUCGACUGGAGGACGAGGAGGAGAGGGGUGUGCAGCUGACCAAUGAGAAGAAGAGGAUGCAGCAGAAUAUACAGGACCUGGAGGAGCAGUUAGAGGAGGAGGAAAGUGCCCGACAGCGCCUCCUGCUGGAGAAAGUUACCUUGGAGACUAAAGUGAAAAGUCUGGAAACUGACCUGCUGAGUGCUGUGGAGCAGAGAGACCGACUCAGCAAGGAGAAGAAACAGUUUGAGGAGCGUCUGAGUGAAGUUACUGACCAGCUCACUGAGGAAGAGGAGAAAACCAAGAGUCUGAACAAACUCAAGAACAAACAGGAGGCUGUGAUCGCCGACUUAGAGGAGCGUCUUAAGCGUGAGGAGCAGGGUCGCUUGGAGCAGGAGAAAUGGAAAAGGAGGAUGGAGAACGAAACAGUGGAAGCCCAGGAGCAGCUGUCGGACCUGGGCAUGCUGUCCGCUGAGCUGAAGGGUAGUCUCUCGCAGAAGGAGAAGGAAAUCACCACCUUACAGGGCCGGUUGGAGGAAGAGGGUGCUCGUCGUUCUGAAGCACAGAGGGCACUGAGGGAGGCCACGUCCCAGGUGUCAGAGCUAAAGGAGGAAGUGGAGAAUGAGCGAGGAAUGAGGGAAAGGGCAGAAAAGCAGAGGCGAGACCUGGGGGAGGAGUUGGAGGCUUUGAGAACUGAGCUGGAGGACACUUUGGACACCACAGCUGCCCAGCAAGAGCUCAGGUCUCGUCGAGAGGCAGAAUUAAGUGACCUCCAGCGAUGUAUUGAAGAUGAAACUCGUCGCCACGAGGCCCAGCUGUCGGAGCUCAGGGUCAAACACAGCGGUGCCAUAGACAACCUCCAGGAGCAGCUGGAUAACAGCAAGAGGUCGCGUCAGUCCCUGGAGAAGGCCAAGGCUGUGCUGGAGGAGGAGAGGCAGAAUUUGUCCGCCGAGCUGAAGAGUCUCCAAGCGAGCCGCACAGAGAGCGAGAGAGGUCGCAAGAGGGCCGACGGUCAGCUGCAGGAGCUCAGUGCCCGUCUGACUCAGGCUGACAGAGAGAGGGAAGAGAGGGAGGAACGGCUGCACAAACUACAGUGUGAGAUUGAGACUCUCUCCGGCAGUUUGACUUCUUCUGACAGCAAAACCCUUCGGCUCGCGAAAGAGGUCAGCAGCCUGGAGAGCCAGCUGAAUGAUGCAAAGGAAUUGCUGCAGGAUGAAUCACGUCAAAAGAUGGCUCUCGCCUCCAGGGUGCGAACACUGGAGGAGGAGAAGAACGGACUGAUGGAGAGACUUGAGGAGGAGGAGGAAAGAGCCAAAGAGUUGACCCGACAGAUCCAGACUCACACCCAGCAGCUGGUAGAGGUUCGUAAGCAGUCGGAGGAAGUGAACACUGCAGUGGAAGUCGGAGAGGAGACACGCAGGAAACUUCAGAGGGAGCUGGACAGCACUGUCCAGAGGGAGCGCCAGAAGGAAGAGGAGAAAGAGAGAGUGGAGAGGCAGAGGGAACGUCUGAGGGAAGAGAUAGAGGACAUGACGCUGGCCUUGCAGAGGGAGAGGCAGAACUGCAUGGCCCUGGAGAAGAGGCAGAAGAAGUUUGACCAGUGUCUGUCUGAGGAGAAGGCUGUGAGUGCUCGGCUUACAGAGGAGAAGGACAGAGCUGAAGCAGACAGCCGAGAAAAGGAGACAAGAUAUCUGGCACUGUCUCGAGCCCUGCAGGAGGCCCAGGAUCAGAGGGAAGAGCUAGAGAGGGCCAACAAGCAGCUCCGUGCAGAAAUGGAGCAGCUUAUAAACCAGCAGGAUGACGUCGGCAAGAACGUUCAUGAGCUGGAGCGGACCCGGAGGUCCUUAGAAACAGAAGCCCAGAGCCUUCGAGUUCAGACACAGGAGCUUGAGGAGGAGCUGACGGAGGCGGAGAACUCAAGGCUGAGGCUGGAGGUCACCUUGCAGGCGCUCAAAGCUCAGUUUGAGAGGGAGAUCAGCACCAACGAGGAGAAGGGAGAGGAGAAGAGAAGGGCGCUAAGCAAACAGGUGAGGGAACUGGAGAUCCACCUGGAGGAGGAGAGGAGUCAACGCUCUCAGGCUGUGUCCUCCAAGAAGCAGCUGGAAGCAGAGCUGCAGGAAUCCCAGGCCCAGGUGGAGACAUCAAGCCGUGGCAAAGAGGAUGCUAUGAAGCAGCUACGGAGGCUGCAGGGUCAAAUGAAAGAAAUUCUGCGUGAGCUUGAUGAGAACAAGUUGACUCGGGAGGAGGUGAUCUCCCAGUCGAAAGACAAUGAGAAGAAAAUCCAAACCCUGGAGGCAGAAGUCCUGCAACUCUCAGAGGAACUGUCUGUAUCAGAGAGACAGAAGAGGCAGGCUCAGCAGGAAAGAGACGAGAUCGCUGAUGAGAUGGUCAACAGCAGCUCUGGAAAAACUGUAUUGUUUGACGAGAAGCGGAGGUUAGAGGCUCGGGUCAAUCAGCUAGAGGAGGAGCUGGAGGAGGAGCAGACUAACUCUGAACUGUUGGCAGAGAGACAAAGGAAGAUGACUCUGCAGGUGGAGACUAUGACCGUGCAGCUGCAGGGAGAGAGGACUUUGGCCCAGAAGGCAGAGGCUGCCCGGGAGCAGCUGGAGAGGCAGAACAAGGACCUGAAGACCCGGCUCGGGGAGCUGGAGGGAGCAGUGAGGGGCAAACACAGGCUCAGUGUCGCCGCCCUUGAGGCCAAGAUCGAGUCAAUGGAGGAGCAAAUGGAACAGGAGAGACAGGAACGAGCCAUCGCCAACAAACUGGUGCGAAAGACAGAGAAGAAACUGAAGGAGGUGAUGAUGCAGGCAGAGGACGAGAGGAGACAUGCAGACCAGUACAGAGAACAGCUGGAUAAAUCGAUGGUCCGACUGAAGCAGCUGAAGAGGCAGCUGGAGGAGGUGGAGGAGGAGAACUCUCGCUCCAACGCCCAGAAGAGGAAGCUGCAGAGAGAGCUGGAGGAGCUUGCUGACAGCGGUCAGACCAUGACGCGAGAGAUCACCUCGCUCCGCAGCCAGCUCAGCGUCCCUGAAUGGAGACCAGAUAAGCGUGCUCCGUUGCCCCUGGCGAUGCGUGGACGCAGAGCGUUGGUCGAUGACCUCUCCUUAGAGAACUCUGACUCAGAAGAGCCUCCAGCCUCUCCGACUCCCUCCUCUGGAAUCCCAGGAACCCCAACUCCCUCCUCUGAACACAGUCUGGACCCUCCACCACCUUAUAGUGUCAACAACACAGAGUGAUGGACACGUAGACUCAUUCACAAACAUAAAACGUAAACACACACACACACACACACACACACACACACAUAUAGUCUGGACUACUCAGGGGGGAAGGAGUGACACACACACACGCACACACACACACAAACUACAUAACAACACUAGUUUAUGAAAAGAAACAGUAAGAAAGAAACAGAAAGUCAUAUAAGAUGUAUAUGCUUUAACUUUAAAACAACCUGAUAUGUUAAGUACAGAAAAUGAUGUAAAAUUUUGAUUUUACAAAGGGGCAACUGGAAUUAAUUUUUAUUUUGUAACUAACUGUGACCCAAACAAAGCGACAUAACAAAGACUGGAAAUUUCUACAUUACAUUGCACCUCUGUAAUGCACUUCUAAGAAACUAAACUCCAUGUCCCAGAGUUCCAAUGGGGAAAGUGAAUUGUUACCAGCUGAUUUCACGAUGCUGUACAGUGCUCAGAGAGCAGAAAACAUUAUGGUGUUCAUGUCUUUUACAUUAGGAGGUAUUUCAAAAUUAAGCCAUGUUUAACCCGCUGAUGAGGAUUGAAUAAAUAUACAAUCUGAUAUCACGAAGGGCUGCUGGAGGUUGAAAAUACUUCUGAGAGGUGUUAAGACAAUCGAUAUUAAUGUUACAUAAAGAAGCCAAUAAGAGGAAAUCAAAUGCAGACAUGGAAAAGAGAGUUUACUCUUUUCAUGAGCAUGUGUUUCGUGCAAAUGUGAUUUUUUUUUUCAUGUCAAUUAACUUUAAAAAAAAUAAUUAACUGAAUUAUCUGGAAAACAGAAAGAAAAAAACAGUGAGGUACAGAAAAUAAAAUUUAAUCAAACUUAGUUCAGUAACAUAUUGAUCUCAUUUUCAUAUCAGUUUUAGCUCAUUUGACCAUAAAAAGCAGUCUACUGUACAUGCAGCCACAUUUAAGGUUGGAUUAAAUGAUAAAUCCUUUUUCUAUAGAUUAGAAUGAGUAUGUUGUUAGACAAUGCAGUAGUAUUAUUAGAUAGUUUCUUGAACUAGAGUCUUAACAAAUUGCUUCAGAAAUCAGAAAUUUGUAUAAUUUAUAUAAAAUAUGACCUUAAGUUAUUGAUCACUGGUAGCUUCCUGUACGGCUCUGUCCUGUGUCAGAAGUUGGUUUGAUUGUUUCUGCUCCUGCUGGCACUGCAUGUUGGGUCACAUGUGUUACAUGUUGGGCAGGUUUGCCUCGUUUCAUAGAGCGUUACAGGAUCGGUUCUCUUUGCAUGGAUGACCACUGUGGUUAGAGUCGUUGCUAGUGUUGAAAUCAAUAACAGCAACACAACUACUGCUGUAUUAAUUUGUUUGUUUUUAUCCAAAGCAACACAAUACAUCUUUUUUCUUGUUUAGAUCGAUAAAACAUCUCAUUUUAUUUUGACAAGCAUCUUGUACAUUGUAAUUUUGAUUUUUACGAAUUAACUGUGUAAAUUAUUGAUCAAAGAAAGCUUUUCUGUUUAACCAAAUGGUGGGCGUAUGGAUGAGAAAAAGGGACUUAAAGUUGUAGUAGACGUAGACUAGUGGUAGAGUAGAGUAGAUGGCAGGAGUAGAGGCCGGUGAGGUGUUCAAGUCUCAUCCAGUGACUCGACUGGAGGAUGUCUUCAGUAGAAUAACGGCACUCGCUGCUCACAGCUCCUGUUUAGACAAUUGUUGAAAUAAAUGAGCACGAGCCUCAAAGCAUUUUCAGAAAGUAGUAGUAUUAGAUAAAAAUGACAAUGGAGGCACAGAGGAGUUCAUGUUUAUGAACAAAUAGAUUUUUGUUACUCUAGAUAUCAUAAGUCAAAAUGGUGUGAACCAGACACAUGGGGUUUGAUGAUGACCCGGCUGCGGAACAUGGUUUUGAGGUGAAACCUCUGAAUUUUUUAUCAUUUAACAGAUGAAGGUCAUUUUUAUUUAUUUAGUUUAGUUUGGGACUUUCGUCAGCACCUGUUGCCUGUCACAGCUUUAAGACUGAGGAUGUUCAUGUGGUGUCUGCAAACUGAAAUGUUUUAAAGGAAUAGUUCAACAUUUUGGUCAAUGGGCUAAUUUCUUUAUUUAAGAGUUAAAUGUGAAGAUUAAUUUACACCUUUAUGUGCUGCUCGAUUUCCUACCCUGGUGUUGUAAGCACAGAUUCUGGAAUUCACUGCUACAGGUAAAAAAUCCGACACAUGAUUCCCCGUCAAAAAGCUUCUGAAAUUUUACCUUUGAUAAUGAACUGUUCCUUUGAUGAAUUGAGACAUGCUGCUUAAAUUAGAAAGAAUGUCAUUGGCGCUUUAACUCAUAAUUGGAACUAAAAGAUAAAGAUUGUGUAGCUAAACUAUUAUGAAUAUUAUGUUCCUGGAAUUGCUCUGAAUGUUGUUUUUCUAGAUUUCUGUUGAUACUUUAUGGCAAAGGGUUAAUGAUCCAGUUGGUGUUUACGGUUGAUGACACACAGGACCAGCACAGUGUAGUUUUCUGUUAUCAGGGUUGUUCUUAUUGGCCCCUUCUCUUCUUCCUUCUGUUUUUAAUUAACAGGUUUAUAUUGCACUGAGAAACAAGACCACUAAGUGUGUGCACACUGCAGGCCUGACGUCCCGUGUGUAUCAAAGCUUAUUCUUUUUUUGCCACCAUAAUUCACAGUUAGCGACAGAUCAGAUCAGACUUGUCGGGUCGAGAAAGAGUUUGACUACUGAGGACAUAUAUUUAACACCCUAUCGAAGGGCGUCAUUUUUUAUUUUCUGUAUGUACAUUUGUUUUAUUUUACUAAUAUGCAAAUGGUUUUGUUUGAAGCUGUGUUUUUUUUAAAGAUAUUGUGUAAAUGCUGCACUUUACACACUUACCAGUGAGGACAAACACAGUCGUGCUUUGUCAGGUUCUAAUUUAUGACAAGGAGGCUGACAUAGCAUUAAGCCAAAUGAGCUGAUAUUUUGUCGCUCUGUACGAUUCUCCUAAAUGUUCUGAUCUCAAAAUGUCAUAUCAUCGUCUAAAUGUUCACGCCCUGAUCGACCAAAAUCUGAAGACGCGUGGAGUGAACCGCUGGAACGAGAACAGAUCGGUUCUGUUCACCUGUAGCAAGAGAUGUGGCUGGUGCUUCUCUGAGGUGUUAUUUUUCUCUCUGUGUUUGUUUAUGGCUACUCUGGAACUUGAAACAUUUUUGGAAACAUGUUUUAUUGUUUUAGCCUUUUUUGUUAAUGAUGCUGUAAUUAUAAAACAUCUGACUGGGGUUAACUUUAAAA